UCCCACACGGACGCCGCGGCGGGCGGGUCCCGCGCCGCUCCCGGGCCGGCGUUCUGGACCCGGGCCUCGGCGCCCUGCGGGACGGGCCGACGAGUGGUCGCUCGCUGCGGACUUUCUCUCCGGCCGGCGCACCGCCGCCAUCACUACCACUGCCUGGUUUUAUUUGUGUCAGAGAAGGUUGUGAGAAGAAGUUAUGGAUCCUGCAGCCUUGGUAGAAGCCGUUGUGGAAGAAGUGGCCUGUCCCAUCUGCAUGACCUUCCUGAGGGAGCCCGUAAGCAUCGACUGUGGCCACAGCUUCUGCCAGAGCUGUCUCUCUGGACUCUGGGAGGUUCCAGGAGAAUCCCAGAACUGGAGUUACACCUGUCCCCUCUGCCGGGCACCUGUCCAGCCAAGGAACCUUCGGCCUAAUUGGCAGCUGGCCAGUGUUGUAGAAAAAGUCCGUCUGCUGGGGCUGCAUGCAGGAAUGGGGCUGAAGGGGGAUAUGUGUGAGCUCCAUAGGGAACAGCCAAAAAUAUUCUGCAAAGAGGAUGGCCUGAUCAUGUGUGAAGCCUGCAGCCGGUCCCCUGAGCAUGAGACCCACAGCAUCGUGCCCAUGGAGGAUGUCGCCUGGGAGUAUAAGUGGAAGCUUCAUGAGGCUCUGGAUCAUCUGAGGAAAGAGCAAGAAGAGGCCUGGAAGCUGGAAGUUGGUGAGAGGAAACGAACAGCCAACUGGAAGAUACAAGUGGAAACCCGAAGGCAGAGUAUCAUGUGGGAGUUUGAGAAAUACCGGCAGUUACUAAAUCAAAAUCAGCCACCAGGUCGGCAGCUGGAAGUAGAAGCAGCCUCAGCUCUGGCCAGCCUAGAGCAGGAAGAGGCAGAGACCAUGUAUAAACUAGAGCUGAAUCGCAGUGAGCUCAUCCAGCAGAGCCAGGUCCUGUGGAAGAUGAUUGCAGAGCUGGAAGAAAGGUCUCAGAGGCCUGUCCGCUGGAUGCUGCAGGGUAUUCAGGAUGUCUUAAACAGGAUCAAGUCUUGGAGCCUGCAGAGGCCAGAACUAGUUUCCCUGGAGCUGAAGACAGUUUGCCGUGUGCUGGGGCUAAGAGAGCUCCUGAAGACGUAUGCAGCUGAUGUGUGCCUGGAUCCAGACACUGCUUAUUGCCGCCUUAUCGUGUCUGAGGACAAAAAAUGCGUGUGUUAUGGAGACAUCAAGCAGAAUCUGCCUGACAAUCCUGAAAGAUUUUACCGCUACAAUAUCGUCCUAGGCAGCCAGUGCAUCUCGUCAGGCCGGCACUACUGGGAGGUGGAAGUGGGAGACAGGUCUGAAUGGGGACUGGGAGUGUGUAAAGAAAAUGUGGACCGGAAGGAGGUGGUCUAUUUAUCCCCCCACUAUGGAUUCUGGGUAAUAAGGCUGAGGAAGGGAAAUGAGUACCGGGCAGGCACCGAUGAAUACCCCCUGCUGUCCUUGCCAGUCCCUCCCCGCCGGGUGGGAGUCUUCCUAGAUUAUGAGGCCCACGAUAUCUCCUUCUACAAUGUGACUGACAAUGGCUCGCACAUUUUCACUUUCCCCCGCUAUCCUUUCCCUGGGCGCCUGCUGCCCUACUUUAGUCCUUGCUACAGCAUUGGAGCCACCAACACUGCUCCUCUGGCCAUAUGCUCCCUGGACGAGAACUAAGAAAGCCACCAUCCUAGCCAGAGGCCUUGGUCUUUCACCUGGCCUGCAGAGCUCUUGGAGGACCCUGCCACUGACAAAGAGCCCUCUUGAACUGAGCUAAGCCUGGAAUCCAGGGGUUCCUCUGCCUGACCCCAUUGUCUAUUGCUACUGCGCCAAAGUCCCUCACUAAACCACUUAUGGAAGAAAGCUAAAACUCAGUGAAAUGAGCUCUACACCCCCAUGAGGGAAGCAUAGCAGCGCCAAUAGCAAGGACCCGAGCAGUUCUAAGGUAAUGUGUUGGUAUAAGAGUCAGGACAUUUUCCUUUCUGUAGCUCAUACCCUUCUUCCCUGGCUGCUACUGGUGCCAUAGUUAAGUCAGUGAGGACGAUGAGUGGAUCCAAGCUUCAGGAUACCCUUCAGGUAGGGUGUGCCAACAAGCCAAAACAGUCCUGUCCUUUUCCAGUUGCUGUGCUCAGACCAGUAGGAGGAUGCUUUACUUGAGGUUUGCUGCUACUGAGCAACCCAUAUUUGACCCUAGCUCUCUGAUCUCCUAAUGAAAGAAAUACAUUCCAUGUUGCCCAGGCUGCCACCAUAGGCAUCCUCCCUCUGAGCACAGACUGGGCCAGUCACUCCCUCUCGGACUCUGAGACCUGUGUCCUGUGCCUUCUUUUCUCUAAGCACUGGGAUCAGAAAACCUGUGGGCCUUGUUUUUAUUUUUACUUUAUGGACGAAGAUACUGAAAUGGCCUUAAUGCAGCAAGUUAUUUCUUACAAGGCUAUUGGAAGAAGAUUAGAAAGAUUGUAAAAAUAUUUUUCACAUUCAGAUGAAACGAGUGACAAACUCACUUCUCAGGUCACGUGUCUGCAUAUCAUUCAUUACAUUUGGGUCUGAAACAUCCCACAUGUUUCAAAGAUUUUAAGUGUCCUCCAUGGAAAAAUGAGUACAGGAUUUAACAUGCUCUCCUACCUCACAGGGUUGCAGUGAAGAUCUCAGAUCCAUCCUAUACUUUUGUUCCUUUCUCAGGGACAAAGGAAGGCACGACAUGGGUUUUGCCUGUGGUCGCUUCCUAUCUCACCUUAAAGCCAGCAUCUUUACAGCCGUGCCUUGGUUUCUCAGGACCUCUCCUGACAGCCUUGCACCCUUAGGACAGGUGCCCAUGCCAGCAGCAGACUCCAGGCCAUAAUAAUAUAUUGUGCAUCCAUUACAUGUUUUUGUCAUUAGAUAAGAAUGGAGACUGUGACAUUUGGGGUAGAGAAUGGAAGUAACAAAAAGAAAAAUGUAGGACAAAUGCUCUGGAAGGAAGGUUCACCCACAAGCUAGUUGGGCUAAAGUUUGGUACUUUAUAUAUUAUCAAGGGAAUCUUCAUGGCUCUUGUAACUACAUAAUAUUCUGCCUUUCUCUUCUCCAAAUGUAUGGCAGAAGGAAAACAGUAUGGCAGUGUGGGGAGAAGGAAUAGGACUAGGCACAAAAAGCCAGUUUGAGAGUCAUAUAUUAUAAUUGCAAGGGAAUUAAAAUUGUGUAUUUGGGCUAUUGUCCUUAGGGUGUUCAUUGUGUAUGGCAAAAAUAAUUCAUUUAAGAGUAUGUAUGAUGUGGGAAUGAUUGAGACUGCUGGAAACAAACUUCAAGACAAGCAUAUGAGAACUAUUGACUUUGCCUGUUGUGCGGGGCUAUAUUACAUAUUGUCACUGUGAUGCUGUAUAGCAACCUCUGAUGUCAUUUAAGCUUGAAGGUAGUGACUGUUGGAUUAGGAUUUGGCAGCUAAGUAAAUACUAGGUUGACUGUAGGCAGCAGCAAAUUAAUUCUUACAAUAAAGGAGAGCAAAUAUUAACUUCCUACUGUAAUUAUAUUGGCUGUGUACAUAUGAAGGAAGUAAAGCAGGCCAAAAUGGAAAAAAACUCAUUCUGCCCAUCAUGCUUUGAGCUUUAGCAGAAGGGAAGAGGUAUCCAUCAUCUGUUUGGAGGGGAAUGACCUGCUAUGUUCUAGGCCUGGUCUUGGCAAAGGGUUGAGCUGACCUACAUUAGGGGAACCGUGUAUCUUUGUGGGGGGAACUCCUUGGGAAAUUACUUAUAGGCUUGAAAAGUAGAUAUUUGGGAAGUGCUUCCAGCUAUGUCCAUGGACACUUAGCCAAAGACACUAGGGGCCAAAUCAAAGUUCUUUUAUUAUGAUUUUAUUAGGACAAGUCCUGAAGAUUCCUAGAAAAAGAGUAUUAUUAGGUGAUAAAUCCAUUCAAAACUAGAAUGAAUUAAAAAGUGGUGGAAUGGUUUCAUUUAUAAUGUGCUAUUCUGUGUGUGCAUCUGAUUGAUAAUUUUAAGCUGAUAUGGGUACUAUUAUUACUAGUUAGAAAAAUUACAAGGUUAAGCACAUUAUUCCAUAUUGUCUGGCUAUUAAGACCAAACAAGAAGUUUGAAGUUCUUAAGUAUAUGAAAACCCUUUUCUCUAGGGUAGUUAUUUACAUUUCCCUUCUAAAACCCCAUGAAGAAAAGGACCUUAUUUGUCUGGUUCACCAUUGUAGCCCCAGUCUAGCUGAGUGUGUGUGUAUAAAUAUUUACGUGUGAACUUUCAUAAGCCUAUAAAUCAAAGCAAAAAUAAGCUCUUCUACCUCCUAGAGGUUAUGAAAGACUGAAUGGCACUUAAUUAUAAUCCUCUUCAAAAAAUAAGUUGAUGGGUAAUUACAACUUUGUCCAGAGGAAGAAGAGUUAGGUAGCCAUGUGGAGGGUAGAAGGCCCACCUGCACCACUCCGGGAAUGCCACUGGUAGCACCUCCAACUUGGUGUGAUCAUUCAGUACAAGGCAGGACUGAGCUUUGCCCAUCCUUGUUUUACUAGCAGAGAAACCAAGGAGUGCAAUGCCUGAGCCUUGAGGGGAAAGACUAUUAAAAGGGUAAAAUGCUUGGGUCCUGCAAAAGGUAAAGACAGAGGGCAAAUCCUUGGGUUCACAGCUUCCCACAGAAAACCCAAUCUCCAUUUUUUUCAAGCAGGAUUAGUUGUAAUCUUUUAAAAUCCAAACACUGAGUCUGCUGUGGAUGCCAGGCACUAGUUACAUGAGCACACAUUGCUUCAUGUGAUAGGGGUCCUAUCUGACUGUGUCAGAAGCACGGGAUUUUCUGUUUGGGGGUGGCCAUGGCAGGGAACUGGUCUUCUUGGGAAGUAGUUCAGUAUUGAGUAGCAGCAGUGGGUCCCAGCUAGUUUCAGGGAGCACCAACAUAAAGGAGACACUGAGCAGGCCAAGCAGGCCUCUGAUGGAAAUGCUGGGAAGAAAAUUCUGUUUUGAGUGCAGGCUGAACUGUAGCUUUGUCACUUUAUAUCAGAUUCUUUAACCCAUCUGAUGUUCGUUGAUUUAGUGGACAUAGUCAAUUAUUUGUGUUGCUUAUGAAGAAAGAAUAGAAAUGGAAAUCUUACAAAAUAUUUUUAACCUCCUCAUUAUCUGCACUUGUUUUUAUGUUAGGGUUUGCAAGGGAAGGAGAGUUUCUUUUUACUGUUCUUUGGCGACUCAGAGCAUCAUUAACAGAUUUUUAGAGGCUGAUUUCUACUUCGAUGAUAUUCCGAAAUAAAAUACAUUCUAUGUAGGUAAAUAAUUUAGUUGUAGGAAAAAAUAGGGAUGCCAAGUUGUUAAGCAGCAGAUGUGUUUGCAGCAGUUACCACAUGAGUACUGAUCUACACAGGAAUAGUUUCAGCAGUGCCUAGAACUACCCCUUAAGUGAUGGAAUAAGAAAUGUAUUUGGUAUGUUUUUUUAAGUACCUAUAAUAUGUUCUCCGGUCAUUUUAUUAAAUCUUCAAUACCCUCUAUGAAUUAACAUUGUUUGCCCCAUGAGUAAAAAGGAGAUCUUAAGACUCAGAUAUAAUAAUUUAUUAUCGAUGAUGUUAGGAAAUUAUCCUGUAUUAAGAUUUUCAAAUGUACAGGAGUCAAACAGAUGUAUCUUUUACAUAUGACAUCUUUUUCUUUUAACAUAUGCUGAUUUUUCAGUUUGAGACUUUCUGUAAGGGAAAAAUAAAAACAAAAACAAAUAAG